AUGGCCCAGUGCAGCUCUGAGAAGGCGACUUGCUACACCAACAUUGGUCUCCCCAACCCUUACAGCAAGCGCCGCAGCGGUGACGCUUGCCAGGUUCAGGAGUGCUGCGAUGAUGCGGACAACCAGUGCCGCACGGCUCCUGACGCGAACAUGAGCAAGUGUAGCUCCGACAAAGCCACCUGCUACACCAACAUUGGUCUCCCCAGCCCCUACGGCAAGCGCGAGACGGCCGUCGACUGCAAGGACCAGUCUUGCUGCGAUGACGCCGACUCCAAGUGCCGUACUGGCCCGGAUGCGAACAUGAGCCUUUGCUCUUCCAACAAGGCGGCCUGCUACCAGAGCGUCGGCCUCCCUAGUCCCUACGGCAACUAA